AUGAGACCUUCAACAUAUAUUUGCGCGCAGCCACAACAAGCGGCAGCGCUUAAUGUUAGUCGAUCGAUCUAUCCCGAAGAAAUCACUAAUAGCGUGAAUGCGAAUCGACAAGCCUCGCCACCACCAUCACAACAAGGCUAUUUACCCAGUAGUAGCAACAUCAUCAUCACCGCCUACGGUAGCAACAACGUCAUCACCAGUAGUAACACCAUCCCCAUCACCUCCUGUAGUAGUAACAACACCA